CAGAUACCUUUUCCAGCAUUACAUGCAACAUAAACAAGAGACAUACUUUUCCUCCAAGACCAUCUUUGAUCUUGAAGUCAGAUAGACAGAAAGAAAGAAAGAAAGAAAAGGGUUGUCAAUUUGGUUAAAGCUUUGCCUUUUUCACUUUUGCUUCUUUGGCUCUCUCCCCCUCCCAUUUAGGCCACAGGGGGAUCAGUUGGGAAAAAGAUUAAUAGGAAAAUAAGAUUAAAAAGUCCAUUGCUUUUGCAACAAGAUAUUCCAAACAUAGUUGCAAAGAUUCUGCAAAUUAUACUUAUAUUGGACCAUAUAGACCUGUUCCUCUCUCACUAUUCAUUAACCAAAAACUAAACCAUAUUUUCUUUGAGGAGAAUGCCCAAUUAGUUGUCCCAACAUAAUAGGAAAUUGGCUCAAGUUUUAGGAAGUGCAAAUGACUCUACUCUCAACAUGUUAAUAGAGAAAUGACUAGCACAUAAACCACAUUAAACUUCAACAAGUUUGACUUAAGAAACUUUUGAAGCCAAAAGGACAUAUACACAAGCUGCAGUAGUACUAAUUGUUUAGCCAAAUGAAAAGAAACAUUUAUGACUUGGGUGAUGGAGAAUUUGCAGCAGCAAUUACAGCUUCCGCGUUUGCUAUAUGUUCCAUUGAAGAAAAUGCUGGCUCUCAAUAUCAGAUAAAAACAAGAGGACCUGUUAUUAGGCCAGCAGAAACCGCUCCAAUGAGAAGGCCUACCACGGUGAAUCGUAAAAAUUCAGCAGAAAUAGUGACCAUAAAUCCUUCUGCUAGUGAUAAAAUGCAAAAGGGGAUUUCAAGAGGAAGCAGAAAUGCUGAAAACAAAGCUGAUGCUUGGGAGAAAGUUCAAAUAGCCAAAAUAAGAAAGCGACAUGGCGAACUACUUUCUUCACUUAUUGCUUGGGAGAACGAAAAGAAGAUGAUGGCGAAACAGCAAAUGGAAAGGAGAAAGAAUCAAUUGGAGCUUGCUAUGAAAAGGAACUUGCAGCAUUACAAGAACAAACUCGCGAGGAUUGAUCAUAUUGCCAAAGAAGCAAGAACACAAGCAGAAGAGAAAAGAAGAUAUGAAGAAUCUAUAGUGAGAGAGAAAUCAAAUAAGAUUAGAUCAACAGGAACUGGACCUGUUACAUGUUUCUGCUUCUAACUGUAAAAAAAAUGUACAAGGCCUGAUUGAAUUGUGCCCACAAGAAUUGUGCUCACUCAUUGAUUUUAUAUUGAAAUUUAUCUUAAAUUGUGUAAUAAUUGGUAAUUAGCAAACGAAAUGCAUUAGUUCUGUUGUACUGUAUUUUAUUACUAGAAGAAACAUAUGUAAUCGAAAGCAA